GUUCCAUGAAGACAGGAAGCCGUCGAUUGCUCCUUGAAACAAUUAACACUUGGCAGAUGUUUCCCGUAUAAUUACUGAUGAUUAAUACCAUCCAGUGCACGCAUAACCGUAAUACCAUUUCGGAGAUUAUCCCGUAUUACGCAAUGCGGAAAGAUGUACUUUCUAGUCGCCGUGUUCUCUUUUGGACUCUAUGCUGCUGCGGACGGUGCCGUUGUGCCAAAGUGUGACCCCGAGGCAAAGGACCAAGUCGCCUGGGAGAUGAUAAAGGCACUGACGAAGGACUUCUUCUAUCUGUUCGAAACAACUAACAACCAGACUCAAAACUGUACAUUCUUUGCGGUCAAUGAAACCGACGAAAAGAAUCACACGGGGACAUUGCGCGCCGGUAUCGGCAUGAACACAUCUGCCACAGCCGUUGCUCUGGAUGAGAAAGGGUUCCCUAUGAUGCUUGAGGAAGGUUGCUAUCGUGUACUGUACACUGAUAACUCUACCUGCGGUGUAGUCGCUUCACCAGGUGAUAAAGAAAUCUUCCUCUGGGUUGCCCAGAAAACUGCCGUUCAGAUUUCCUUUCAUCACUGUUGCGGGAAAGUCUUCCAAAGCGCAGUAAAGAAGAAACUGGAAUUGGAACAGAGCUGCGGAAGUCCCGAAGAAACCAAGACAUACCGCAGGUUCUUCGAUUACUGUCUUGGGCCUUCGUGCUAAUCGCGUUUUGACAAGCUUUCUUUUUCGAAAGAGAAAUAACGAGCUCGAUGUGCAAUAAAGAAAAAAUAUAAAUGUAA